AUGGUGGAGCAUAUCAGCGAGGUGCAGCAGAAGAAGGAAGAGGAGGUCAUGCAGAAGAAUCUUAGGGAGAAUAAUCCGGGGCUGACUGAUGAGGAGAGGGCGAAGGCUGCGGGCUUGAUUCAGAGGAACUAUAGGGGGCAUAGGGAACGACGGAUGUUGGCGGGGUUCAGUCUGGAUCCGACUGCGAGAUGGGUGGAGGCUGUCAAGGAAGCGCAGUAUAGGAAUUUGACGGCGCCGAGACCGAGGGAUAGUGUGAAUGCGAAGAGUAGGAGUGGGGAUGGUGCUGGAAUUGGGCUGGGGCUGGAUGGAGAGAGGAAUAUGAGUGCUGCGCGGCAGCAGUGGAAGAAGGUUGGGCUGAUUACGAGGAGGGCAGGGGGAGACGAAGACUCGGAUUCGGAUCAGAGCCGGGAUGAUGAGCAUACACCAGAAGAGGAACGAGAGGCACGCCGGAAACGUCGGGUGGAAGAGAAGCUGGAGCGCCAAAAAGCAGCCAAGAUAAUGGACCUACAAUAUUUCUUGGAAAUGGUUGAUCUAAAGCAUCGAUACGGAAGCAACUUGAGGACAUACCACGAAGAAUGGAAGACGUCAGACACGAAAGAGAAUUUUUUUUACUGGUUAGAUUACGGGGAGGGUCGAUUCAUCGACUGCUCGGGCUGUCCAAGAGAACGUCUUGAUCGCGAGCAAGUAAGGUACCUGUCAAAAGAAGAGAGGAUGGACUACCUGGUCAAGAUCGACAAAGAUGGCAGGUUAUGUUGGGCCAAGAAUGGAGUGCGAAUCGAUACCACCGAGAAGUACAAGGACAGUAUACACGGAAUCGUGCCGGUAGAUGAUGAUACGCCAGCUUUCACACCAGCUGCAGCUGAAGCUUCACAUGAGGACAGCCAUUCCUCAAGUAGUAGCUCAUCGAACGGCAGUGAUAAUGAGUCGGUAAGAGCAGGCAAGUAUGCUACCCCACAACUUGAUAAAGCGAAGGGUGUCAAGAAAGUCAAGCAUGUGUCAGCAGCGACUAUAUUCAAUAAGCUGCUUAGAGGGUCUGUAAAGAAGAAUACCUGGAUUUUCGUUGCGGAUACAAGUUUCCGCUUAUAUGUUGGGAUCAAGCAGUCUGGCGCUUUUCAACACUCAUCGUUUCUCCAUGGCUCUCGUAUCUCAGCUGCCGGCUUGAUCAAAGUCAAAAACGGGAGGCUAAAGAAAUUGAGUCCUCUUAGUGGUCAUUAUAGACCUCCUGUCUCAAAUUUCAGAGCAUUCGUUCAUUCAUUAAAGGAAGCCGGAGUCGAUAUGAGCCAAGUAUCAAUAUCUCGCUCUUAUGCCGUGUUGGUGGGACUAGAAGCCUACGUCAGAACCCGUAAGAAGGGAAAGAAAUUCCUUCAAAGUUUACUCCACCACAAGGAUAAGAUCCUUGAUCCGGUAGAAGUUGCUAGACGCGAGGAAGACGAGCGUGACAAGAGUGAAAGCGCAGCAAUAGAGCAGAGGGUCCUCGAGAAGAGACAGAAGGCCGAGGAAGAAGAGAGAGAUGAGAAAAGAGCGGAUUUGAAGCUUUUGAACAAGCUUCGGAUUAGGCCGAAGACUGCCUUACAUGCAGAAGGCCCCACUGAGAUGGCAGCAGACAAUAAGGAAGUUAAAGAUGCAGAGAUUCAGGCUCCUGGAACUGGUCCUGAGAAUGCUAUUGCACCGGAGGGAACGAGAAAGGAUUAG